CACAUAAUAGGGUGAACGUCUACAUCCAGUGACGGUUACACUCUUACCCCCUCUGACUCUGUUAUACAGACUACCCCGUCUACAUGCAAAAGUCCAAGCAACAAUAGACCCGGCCCAUUCGCACCAAAAUGGCUUUCCAAUCUCGCGAGGGACUAACCGUAGACCUGAUUGCCAGAAUCCUUCGCCAGACAGCUCUCAACCCAUGGCUCGCGAUUCCGAUAUCCAUCUUGGCGGCCUGGCGUCUUCCACCUUCACGCGGCAUUUCUCUCCAGUUCCUGUCACACGUCUGCGCCGUGCUCGGCACGACCCUCAGCCUCAACGACUGGCUCAACAAGUGGUCCGCGAACAACUGGGCAGGCGACGGCCGCCGAAGCUGGGACUGGGCGAGAGAGAUCGUCGUCAUCACCGGGGGCAGCGGCGGCAUCGGCGCGAGCAUCGCCCGGCAACUCCUGGCCCGGAACCCACGGACGAAAAUCGUCAUCGUCGACUAUGCGCCCCUGGCCUGGGCCCCCGAGCCGGGAACCCCCGUCUCGUACUUCAGGUGCGAUCUCAGCAGCGCCGACGCCAUCAAGACGCUCGCGGCCCGCAUCCGGUCCGAGGUCGGGCAUCCCACGGUCCUCGUAAACAACGCCGGCCUCUGUCGCGGCGCCACCGUCAUGGACGGGAGCUACGCCGACGUUGAGCUGACCAUACGCACCAACCUGGUCGCGCCGUUUCUCCUGGCCAAGGAAUUCCUCCCGCACAUGGUCAGCAUGAACCACGGCCACGUCGUUAACGUUGGCUCCCUCAGCAGCCUGUUCCCGCCGGCCGGGAUCGCCGACUACGCAGCCACGAAGGCGGGCAUCACGGCUCUGCACGAGACCUUGCAACUCGAGCUCAAGCAGGUCCACCACGCCUCCCGCGUCCGUCUAACGUUGGGCAUCCUCGGGUUCAUCAAAACCCCCCUGUUCAAAGGCGAAACCCGGCAGUCCCCCUUCCUGUUCCCGCUCCUCCACGUCGACACCGUCGGCGAGGCAUUCGUGGACGCCCUGUACAGCGGGCUCGGCACGACCAUCUACCUGCCGGGCAUCAUGCGCUACGUCGCCAUGCUGCGAGCGGGCCCGGAAUGGCUCAGCCGAGGUGUGAGAGAGGGAACCGCGUCGUUGGGGGUGGACUACAAGGGUAGGCAGCAGGUGAACGAGGAGACUGGGGGCUUGGCGUAG